UGCAUCAAGCACUGAACCUCUUAACUGCACAAAGAGGUGGGUGAGCAUGCAGCGCUGUAGCCAAGACUCCCAAGUGCUUGCUCCACCGCGUCCAGUUCCACAGCAGUGUGGUGAGAACUCCUGAAGACAUUUUCAUUUUCACUUCUGAGCGGUGAAUUGCUCUCAGCACUCCUCCCCCAGACUUUCUGCAGCAGCACCUUGUGAUUGUCCAACCUGUGAAGUUUCUGGCAUGGAGUGCAUAUGAUCAGAAAGGCUGGACAUUUCUCCCCUCCUCCUCCUCCUCUUUUUUUUUUUUUUUUCCAGUUAGGUUUUUACUUUUUCUUUGAUUUCAAAGGGAUUUCAAAGCUGUCUUUUACAGCUCUCAAGAUUUGAGCCGAAAUGAAUGAUAGACAAAGCAGAAAAGUAGCAUUAGUACUUCAGGUAUUAUUGUACUCUGUUUGUGUUUUAAUAAUCUAAGGUACACUUUUACUGUGACUGCUAACAGUAAAGUUACUUUCUUAAAAAGUAUAUGAAUACUGAAUUCCUUGUUAUCUACUCACAAUUUUUUUUUAAUAGUCGAACACAAAAUGAAGGUCACCCAAAAUGGUUCGUUCUGGGUGUUGGACAAGUCAUAAAAGGGUUAGAUAUUGCUAUGAUGAAUAUGUGUCCUGGAGAAAAACGAAAGGUGACCAUUCCUCCGUCGUUAGCAUAUGGACAGCAAGGAUACGCACAGGGAAAGAUUCCACCCAAUGCAACACUGAUCUUUGAAAUUGAACUUUAUGCGGUAAAUAAGGGACCACGCAGUGUUGAAGCAUUUAAUCAAAUAGACAAGGACAGUGACAAGAAGCUCUCUCAACUUGAGAUAAGCCAGUAUUUGAAGGAAGAAUUUGCAAGAGAUGGCAAAAAACGUCAUCCCUCAGUCCAUGAUGAAAUCUUAGCUGAUAUAUUCAAGAAGAACGACCAUGAUGGAGAUGGUUUCAUAUCAGCAAAAGAGUACAACGUCUAUCAGCAUGAUGAACUCUAAGUACUUACAAAAUCUCUGGCUGUUUUCUGGACAUUGAAUUUAAAAAAUUUGGAAAAUAAUUCUUUGUCACAUAAUUUUUUACAUUUUUUAUAGUGGCAUAUUUUAUAUCUUUUAAGAUAUUUGUAAAAAUCUUGUUUUUUAACACUUUAUUAGUCAAAUGUGUGAUAGAUUUUACAACAGAAAGAAAUAAAAUUGGAAAACAG